AUGAAGUCAAUUGGUUUCGCACUUUUCUGUUUGCUCUGCACUGUGGCAUGGGCUCAGGAUGAUGAAGGUCAACUUGGACUUGAUGCAGCUCCACUGACUAUCGCUGUUACCCCUUUUAUCAAUGAAAUCGAAGCUACCACCACCUAUGGUUUGAGUCGACACAAGGCCACCUGGUUGCAGGCUGAACUUAUUUGUAGAGGCGUAGGCUUCACUCUAGUCAAUAUACCAUCGGAAACGAUGCAAAAUAGAGUUCAAUCGUUUCUUGAAACCACAGUCGGGGACGAUUAUCAAAAGUAUGGCGACUCUCCAAUUUGGACCUCUGGAUCAAAUCAGGGAGUUAACACCAAAUACGUAUGGCACAGCAGUGGAGAACGCAUACUUUAUAACAGAUACCUAGUUACUCCUCCAACAUCCACACGUUGCAUCGGAUAUAAUAUUGCCACCGAUUUCUGGUCCAAUCACGAUUGUAAAGAGCAACGCUACUUCUUGUGCCAGAAAUUUACUCUUGGAAAAUGCGAAUAAAUAUUUGGAAUGGCUUCUUAUAAUUCUGGUGUCGAUGUAUAAAAUAUCAUAUUAAAGUUCAUAUUUGCAAUCAGAACUCAA